UACCACCGCAGAGACAAUAAAAAUAAUUGCAUAAAAUUAAAAGAAAGUGAAUUAUGUUAAUUUUUAUGUUACACCGUUAUUAUUAUACCAUAACAUGAGCCUAAUUUGUACACUCUUCCGUGUCUUGAGUAUGAACAAUAUGCAUGGGCUUCUAGAAAUAAUAUAAAAUGCCGACGUUUGUCUCAUUCGAAUGCGAUGAGCGACAAUGUAAAGGAGUAUAAUAAGAGCCCAAAUAGUCAAACAGGUAAUAUGUUAUUAUCAUUUGGGAAUAUGGAAAAAGUUAUACUUUCGAUAUUGAUCUUCGUUUGCCAUACCCAUCAGAGGCCACAGCUCGAAGUAGAUGUAUUGACUACAACAGAGCCGACCGAUACUACUACCGAAGAGACCAAGAGCUCGGAAAAAAUUUCACAAGUUACGGAAGCCACUGCGGUGUCGGUUCAAACUUCCGUUAACUUUUCGUCGUUCAGUCCGAGCGCGGUUUUUGAAGACUUUAAGCCCAGCAAUUAUUAUAGGCCCGACGGUAACCCUAUAUUUGAAAGGCCUAGUCCGCAAGUCUCUCACGAAGUUUUCCACAAACCCGAAUACUUUGCAAGACCCAAUAAUCAAGCAAACAAAUUGCCAACGAAAUCCAAAGACAAUAAUGUUAUUUUCCCGCAAGCGACCCAAGAACAUUACUCCCAAUAUUCACAAUUCGACAACCGAUCUAACGGACCGGAGUCUAGGGGUCCAUAUAAGUUCACCGAAGCCUUACCUCAGCAUCAGUUCAAGCCGAUGAAACACGAUAUUGGUGGAGAGCUGCCUUCCAGUACUUACGAUAACAACUUCUACGAAAGGCAUUUUGGAAAGUAUCACGGGAACGAGAUGUCGCAAUAUCCAGACAUAAUACACGAACCACCAAAAAUCUAUCACAGCGUCACCACUGCUCGUAAAAAAGACCCCUGGAGGAGCAUGCUGAAGGUGUUGGCCACUAUCCUGCCGGUUGGUCUGUUGCUCGCAUCCUUUCCACCGACUGUCAUCAAAGUGAAUUCCACGCAAUAUCCCUACCAGUGA